AUGUCGGCGUGCGCUGCCUGCAGGUUUCAUAAACGAAAAUGCGAAGAGGAGUGCGUACUUGCGCCUUAUUUUCCAGCAGAUGAGCGUCAGAAGUUCGAUUGUAUCAAUAAAGUUUUUGGAACGAGCAGGGUAACCAAAAUUCUCAACCGGCUGGACGCAUCACAGCGUGAAGCCGCUGUAAAGUCUAUCGUGUACGAGGCCGAGGCUCGUCUCCGAGAUCCUGUCCGCGGCUGUGCUGGUCUCGUCUCGAAGCUACUGAACAGGCUUCAGCUGGUGGAGGCUGAACUGUUAAACGCCAGGAGAUUGUUGGAUACUGUCAUCGCCCCACAGGCUAUCCUUCCCAUGCAACAACCUCUUGGCAUGGGCAGCUCGAUCCAUUAUAAUAUUGUGCCCAUAAUGGGUAACCCUCCGGUGCAUUCACAUACGGGCGGCCAGCUGGUGAUAAGAGAGCCACAGCAUCAACAACAACAACAUCGUCAUCCCGACCAAAUGUUUUGA